UCAAGUGCAAAACAAUCAUCGUCUGAUAUAAAUCAUCUCCUAAAGAUGUUUGAGGCAAAAAUAGUACUAUCCUUGCUACCGCUGCUCUUACUAGCACCUCCGGCGUUAACGAAACCGUAUCCCGGAAGUGCGCUGCGUGACUUUUCAUGUCCGGAGCCAUAUGGAUUCUUCAAAAACACUGAUCAAUGCGACGAAUAUGUUGAAUGCAAGAAUUAUGUACCACGUGCGUACUCGUGCCCUGCUGGACUUCACUUUAAUUCCCGAGCGCAAUGGAUCGACUAUCCUUGUGAACAUCCUUCAAGAGUAGAAUGCAACCAAGAACCUGUCGUUCCUAUAACAACUACCUCAACAACUACAACACCUCGCCCUACUACAACACCUCGCCCUACUACACCAGCUCCAGUAGUGAUUGCGCCGCGUGACUUUUCGUGCCCACAGCGACAUGGUUACUUCAAACAGUCUGAUGAAUGUGGUGAAUAUGUUGAAUGCAAGAAUUAUGUACCACGGACGUACUCGUGCCCUGCUGGCCUUCACUUCAACCCUCGUGCCCAGUGGAUAGAGUAUCCUUGUGAGCAACCUUCAAGAGUGCAGUGUUACCAAGAACCUGUCGUUUCUAUACCAACUACUACAACAACAACUACAACUACAACACCUGCUCCCACAACCACCGAAGCUCCAGCAGUAAUUGCGCCACGUGACUUUACUUGCCCACAGCCCCAUGGUUACUUCAGACAGCAAGAUCAGUGUGGCGAAUACGUUGAAUGCAAGAAUUAUAUACCACGUACGUACGCAUGCCCUGCUGGUCUUCACUUCAAUCCUCGUUCGCAAUGGACAGAGUAUCCUUGUGAGGAACCCUCUAGAGUGGAAUGUUACAAGGAACCUGUCGUUGUUACGACAACCACUACAACAACAACUACCACUACAACGCCAGCACCCCCCACCACACCAGCGCCUGCAGUAGUUAUGCCACGUGACUUUACAUGCCCACAACAACAUGGUUACUUUAAACAUUCUGAUCAAUGCGGCGAAUAUGUUGAAUGCAAGGUGCACGAAUCCUUCUUUUGCACGAAUGUCCAUGGCGACCUGGCAACACGUUCUACAGCUACGAGCUAUCUAGCCCAUUGCGUAGAAGUUGACAGCGUCGAUUGCCACUUCCUUACUAGCUAA